GAUAACCACUAUAUUACUUCCAUUCAGUUGGAUUGAAUGACUCCUCCAGGCUGGCAGGCAUCGUGCUCGCCGCUCAUCUCCCUCGCACUUGCUUGCCGCCCAUCCAUCUUCCAGACAGCGCACGACCCUGAAAAUCUCUGCUAAUAAUGACCACGAUAACAGACACAAAGAUAAGGUCUAUCACAUCCGGCACGCUGGUCAUCAGUGGGGGGCCAAUCCCACGAGUCUCCUCGGCAUCACUGAUGCCCUCACCGACUACAACCCGCAUUGAGCCCACCGAACCAUUUCGCAUUCCCUAUGAGCUUUUUCGGCCCAUCAUCGCUCUCGUCGACGACCCGAAGGACCUACGAAACUUGGCUGUCGCGUCGCGAGUAACUCAAACCGAUGCGGAGAUGUUCCUCCACCGGGUGGUCACCGCAAAGGGUGUUCGCGAGCUUGUCUCACGCUGCCGAUGGCUUGUGCGAAAUCCGAGGCUAGCACUUCUAGUCCGACAAAUCACAUUUAGGGAUGUGGGCGAGUACGGAUGGCCCGAUCGUCCGUUGCCGGCACUCUACACACUCAUCAAGGCUGCGUUCAGGAACGUUCCCAGGCUGAUACACCUCGAUGCCUCCAUCCUUCCAUCCAAUGCCCUCCCCGUCAACGCUCCUUUCACUCUCCAAUCAUUUCGUCAUGACAAUCUCAUCAUAGGCAUAGACGCCCUUGCAUUCCUCUCAAACCAGCCGAACGUCAAAGACCUUUGUAUCAACCCUUAUUCUUACUAUGAGAUGCACGAAGACGACGAGCACUACCGCCGUCGUCUCUACACUGUCCUGCCCAAUUUGGAAACCCUAGCCUGCGGUCCUAGCGUUGCUAUCCGUCUCGUGAAAAAUCGCCCUAUCCAACGACUCAUCGUCCCUGCGCGGCCAGACUACAUUGAGUCUGACCAGCUUGAGCGCGUCAUUACAGCUCUCCGAAGUUCACCGGGAUGCCCGGGGUGUGCAACGGUUAGGCAACUCGUGAUCGAGAGGCGGCUUGCGGGUCGUGCGGGGCUGCAAUGCGUAGUGAAAGAACUGAAGGAUCUAAGGGCCCUGAGCCUCGUUGUGUCCUAUGCCUCUGAUGUGAUGGCUCCGUGACCUUCGGCACCUUACCUCUCUGAACACACUCAGUGUUACCGCAGACACUUACUUUGACGCGCACGAUCCCUCUAUUGCCCUUGAUGAGCUGUGUGCCACAUGCCCCUCUCUGAAAACCGUUUAUAUUCGAAAAGAUGAGAUGAGCUUCAUAGCGGACCAUUGGGUUUGGAGAAGUAAGCAGGGCGUGGAGGACGUUUCACCCAAUGGAGAAUGGUUAUUAAGUGGAGAGGUCGAUACGAGGACCGCUAUUUG